AUGACUUCAUCUUUGUUACAGAUCACAAAAGAUUUGAUCGCUUGCCCAAGUGUGACGCCAUUGGAAGCAGGGACUUUUAGUGUCUUAGAGGAAUUACUUGUCUCUUUAGGGUUUAAAAUUGAAAAGCAGAAGAACGGAGACGUCACUAACUUUUAUGCUCGCUAUGGAAACGGAAGCCCUCAUCUUACCUUUGUUGGGCAUGUAGAUGUUGUUCCCCCUGGGUUUGGCUGGGAUCAAGUUCCAUUUGAACCAACGAUUAAAGAAGGUGUUCUGUAUGGUCGUGGUGCGGUUGAUAUGAAAGGGGCAAUAGCCGCUUUUGUAUGGGCGGCAAAAGGAUUUUUGGAUUCUACAUCAACUUUUUCAGGCAGUAUCAGUUUGCUUUUGACUUCUGAUGAAGAGGGACCAGGACAAGACGGAAUCAAGGGCAUGACCCCUUGGCUUCAAGAAACGGAGCAAGUCCCAGAUUUUUUUCUAAUUGGAGAACCUACUUCUGAAAAUAAGGUUGGAGAUACUGUUAAAAUAGGAAGAAGAGGGAGUCUAAAUACUGUUCUCACUGUGAAAGGACGACAAGGGCAUGUUGCUUAUCCAGAAUCGACAGACAAUCCCUGUACAACAUUGAUUAAAAUUUUGAGGAAACUGACAAAACAGGACUUAGACCAAGGGUAUGAAAAUUUUCCGGCUUCUAAUUUAGAAAUUGUUGGCCUAGACACGCCAACAAAAGUGACCAAUGUCGUUCCUGAAAAUGCGCAGGCCUAUAUUAAUAUUCGUUUCAACCCUCAUCAUACAGGAAAAAAACUUUCUCGAUGGAUUGAAGAUAUCUGUAAAAAGCAUGCGAAAAAUUAUGAAACUCAAUAUCAUUUUAGUGCAGAACCGUUUGAAAGUUUGAAAUCUCCACUCCACUUUGUUCUAUAUGAAUCAAUUCGAGAAAUUUGCGGAGACCUUCCUCGGAAUGCUCCCACUGGAGGAACCUCUGAUGGGCGUUUUCUUCACCAUUUAGCUCCUCUCGCAGAAGUUGGACUGCUGAAUGCCACAGCCCAUCAGGCCAAUGAGUGUGUUGGCCUGAUAGACCUAGAGACUUUGUGUAAGAUUUAUAACGUUUUUCUUAAUCGCUUUUUUUAA